CUGCGUUUGUUGCGAAUCGCACUCAGUUCGGAGAGACAUGAUUUAGGUGAACAGAAACACUUCAAGUAGUUCAACGGACUCGGCGGUGAUUAGAACCAGUGAGGGUUGCCUGCAAACAACAUUUAAUGGUAGAGCUUGUUGCCGAGCAAGGGAAGUUAGCGCUCUCGAAUUUCUUUUGCGUCGUCUGGACGAGCUGGACUAGAACGCCCCUGGAGUCCUUUGCAGAAGGUGCAAACCACUCCUGCAGACAGUGAUCAAAGCAGUCGACGGGAUCGUCCGACUACCCGCCGGACAGGAUGAGAACAUAUUCGUUAGUCCAGCGACUCUGUAUACUCGUCACGAGUGUAGCGCUCGCCUGUGAGUGGGGCAGUCAUGCAAAGACGAUCAGCGGAAACGCCACACUGGGCUCCAUCCCGUCGCUGGACGUAGCGAAAUGCUCCGGCAUUGAACCUUACGAUGACAUGGGAGUCUUGAUAGUGGGCAGCACUGGCAUGAUGUACGUGUUCAACAGCACACAAAUUUUCAGAACCUACACGCUCACAAUCGAUUCCUGGACAGCAGCUACCAGUCUAACGUUUAUGUGCAGAAUUCCUCGUCUCCUGUCCCCGGGUCAACACCUGGAUGCCUGCAUUGCCCCCACUGUUUCGAGUUGCAUAAUCCCACGGCAUUUUGGACCAACACUGAACUGCAAAUAUUCCGAGGUGGCGGUAACUGUGCAGAAGAAGGACCUCGGUCACAGCAUCUGCUUUGUUGUUAAAGAGGCUUCAAGUUUCGAUGAUCCAGUGAAAAAGAUUUGUAUCAGAUUGGUGGACGGCACACCGGUGGUUAAGACUACACCAUCGCCUACGCCCUCGCCAUCUCCAACAGCACCACCGACUACUACUCCGACCAUCAUCACUACACCACCGCCAACCACUUCCACUCCGAGUAUUGCCACCACAGAGCCGACCACCACUCCAAGUAUUGCCACCACAAAGCCAGUUAUAACAGCAGUGACGGGAGGAGAUGGACCUGGUAAUGGUGCUUUCGAAGACGGGGAUAAGCCUGUAUCCACGGAACAGCCUGAGUCGUCGUCAGGAUUUCAGAUUCCAUUUUACGUCACAGUAGCCAUGUUGGCUCUGGCUGUGCUCAUCAUUUUCGUUCUGGCCAUUGGUCUCACUCUGGCUCACAUCCAACGGCGGGUUCCGCAUCCGCCUGAGAUAUACCAGCGGCCGGACCAGCAGGAACAACAUGACAGUACCAGUAGUGCAACAUACGACCUUGAGAUGGGACGCGCGCAGCAACCGGAGCAAUGCCCUCCAAACCAGCGGCCAGCUGAGAGAGCAAGCAAAGAGACAGUCCUAGGUCGGCCGCUAGCACAAUGCCAAAGUGAUGAUUCUACCGUUGCAGGGACAACACGGACAAACGGGGAACAUGACCCGGAUGACAGUAAAGUGUCGGGGAAAGCAGACCUAUAGCAAUCUUAGUAGAACUGCCAUGCACUGCUCAGUUCAGCUCAGUAGCAUGCAAAGGCAUCGGAGACACACGACGAUACGGCCGCGCGUUAGGCGUAGAUCAAACCAGGCACGCCGUCACAACCCUGCAAGUUUUGCUGCCGUGACGAGUGCAGAGGAGCACACAGCCAAUCCGGCAAACUAGAAGUUAGUGUGUGUGUGUUUGCACUCGCACGCGCACGCCGUGUGUGUGUGUGUGCACGUGCAAGCCGUGCAUGCACACUGCCAAUUGUCUACUUAUCCGAAAGUUGCAGCUCGAAUCAACCUAACCCCUAACAUAGAACCUGAAUCCCUGCCUUGACAGUUCGACGUCGGCGCUUGAUCGUAAAAGACUUUUUCAAUUAGAUAGCUCUAGAGUUGAGCAAAGCUUUAGGUAUAGGCUGAAUCUAUUUUAUACCAUAGCUCCGGCAGGAACUGCCUUGGUAGGACACAUUUCACAUCCGUAGUAUCUACAGAGCUGGUGGUAACAAGAGUACAUCAUGUACAUGUAACAACCAGGUGUUUGGGAAAGCUUUGGUGUGCUGACUUGUCAACACUCUCAUUGAGCCAUGUCACUCUGACCCGGUCUUCAAGGAUUGCCUGUUGCCCCCGGGGUUGUGUACUCUUUGUGGUGCCCAUAGCAACCAGUGGUACCCAUAGCAACCAGUGGUACCCAUAGCAACCAGUGGUGCCCAUAGCAACCAGUGGUACCCAUAGCAACCAGUGGUGCCCAUAGCAACCAGUGGUACCCAUACCAACCAGUGGCACCCAUACCAACCAGUGGCACCCAUAUUUCCAGUCGCAGCGUUGUUAGUUGUCUAGCCACCCCUAUCUGGUAUCGCUGGCAGCAGACCAAGGUACAUGCACAGUGUAUACACAGAGUAUGGUGUACAACUGUGCCACCCGGCCCAGGCAGAUGAGUUGAAGUGCUCUCCUUCAUUUUUUAGUUCCGUAUUAGAAUUCCCAGUUUGCAGCUGUAUUCUCAAUCCUAUAAUUAUUAUGCCACACGUACGGCUAUUGCUUUUGUUGGUGAAGAUGACGAUCUCCGUACUCGAACGGCAAUUCUAUUUUAAUUAUCAUUAUUUUUAAAUGCUUUCCGGUUGUUCUCUA